AUGCUGGAGUCCUAUGUAACUCCUAUUUUGAUGAGUUAUGUGAAUCGCUACAUAAAGAACUUGAAGCCUUCAGAUCUACAGUUGUCACUCUGGGGAGGAGAUGUUGUGCUUAGUAAACUUGAGUUAAAGCUGGAUGUGCUUGAACAGGAGCUGAAGCUUCCAUUUACUUUUUUAAGUGGGCAUAUUCAUGAACUUCGAAUUCAUGUGCCAUGGACAAAGCUCGGAUCAGAACCAGUUGUCAUCACUAUCAAUACGAUGGAAUGCAUCUUGAAAUUAAAGGAUGGAGCUCAGGAAGACCACGAAAGCUGUGGUUCCAGCUCAACAAACCGCAGCACCACUGAAAGCAUGAAGGCAGCAGUGAAACCACGGCGGGUCCAGCACUCUGCUUCCCCUGACCCUGAUUUACCUCCAGGCUAUGUUCAGAGUUUGAUUAGGAGAGUUGUGAACAAUGUCAACAUCGUGAUCAACAACCUCAUCCUGAAAUAUGUGGAGGAUGACAUCGUCCUCUCAGUCAACAUCACUUCUGCAGAGUGCUACACAGUGAAUGAGUUCUGGGACCGAGCAUUCAUGGACAUCUCUGCCACCGAUCUGGUCCUGAGAAAGAUGAUCAACUUCUCUGACUGCACAGUCUGUCUUGAUAAGAGAAAUGCUAGUGGUAAAAUUGAAUUCUACCAGGAGCCUCUGCUCUAUAAGUGUUCCUUCAGGACUCGUCUGCAUUUUACUUACGAUAACCUCAACUCCAAAAUGCCAUCUAUUAUUAAAAUCCACACCUUAGUUGAAAGUUUGAAACUCUCCAUCUCUGAUCAGCAGCUUCCUAUGUUCAUCCGAAUAAUGCAGCUUGGGAUCGCUCUUUAUUAUGGAGAAAUAGGCAGCUUCAAAGAGGAGGAAAGUGAAGAUGUGGCUUCCCACACUAAAGAUACAUUGGGGAAUGUCACAGGUGCAGAAGAUGAAACAACCUCAGUGCUGCAAUAUCCUACACAGUACAUCAGUCAAGAUCCUUAUUUGCAUCAAGAUGAUGACCAGCACCAAGGAUGGGUUUCUUGGGCUUGGUCUUUUGUUCCUGCUAUUGUGAGUUAUGAUGAGGAGGACAAUGACUCUAGUGGAAUUGAUGAUGGGAUGAUGCUGCAUCAGCAGAAAUCUCAGUCCCUCAAGGAUCCUGUUAUCUCAGUUGGGUUUUAUUGUACAAAGGCAACAGUGACUUUUAAGCUCACUGAAAUGCAAACUGAAAGUAGUUAUUACAGCCCUCAGAAAGUCAAAUCCAAAGAAGUUUUAUGUUGGGAACAAGAAGGAACCACAGUUGAGGUCCUCAUGAAAGGUGAACUUUUCUUUGAUUGCCAAAUAGGUUUUGUUGGUUGCCAAGCUAUGUGCCUUAAAGGAAUUAUGGGGAUUAAGGAUUUUGAAGACAAUAUGAAUAGGACUGAUGAGGAGGCCUACUUCUUUAACUGUGGAGAAAAUCUGAGUGCUAAAGGGAUGACCUACCUCACCAAUUCCCUGUUCGAUUACAGGAGUCCAGAAAACAACGGUAUUCGUGCAGAGUUUAUACUGGAUGCAGCUCAUCAUAAGGAGACGUACACAGAGAUAGCUGGAAUGCAGAGGUUUGGGGCUUUCUACAUGGAUUACCUGUACACAAUGGAAAGCACCAGUGGCAAAGUUUCUGGGAAUCAGCAAGACCUUGCUUCAGCAAAGAGUGAAGAUUUCAGCAGUGUUCAGGAGAUGUCUACAAAAAGCCUCAUCGUGGGCCCACUGAACCUUCGGCUGGAGAGCAGCGCAGUGCACCGCCUCAUGAAAAUGGUGGUGUGUGCUCUGGAGCACGAGUAUGAGCCAUACAGCAGAGCCAAGCCAGAUAUUAGUGAUGGAAGCAGAACGAUGCCAAGCUCAGAAGAAGUAGCAGCAUUGGAGGAGUACAUUCCCACUCGACUCACAACAUUCACUGUCCUGAAGUGUACAAUUGUAAUCCCAGUGGCAGAAUUUAAUUUGCUGGACCACUUGAUGCCCAUCAUCAUGGGUGAGAAGAACUUCAGUGGGCUGCUAAAUGCUGCAAGCUUCCAGCCCCUGCGGCCUCUACCUUCCAUCCGAAUUUUGGUGGAUAAGGUUAACCUGGAGCACUCGGUGCCCAUGUAUGCAGAGCAGCUGGUGCAUGUGGUCAGCAGUCUCAGCCACCCUUCUGACAACCUGCUGCAUUACUGCUACUCACACUGCUAUCUGAAGAUAUUUGGUUUUCAAGCAGCACUGACUUCUUUGGACAGCAAGGGGCUGUACUGCUUCCCAGUUCCAGUCAUCCCCUCCUUCAGUACUGCUGUUUAUGGCAAGCUGAUCAAGUUUCCCAAAUAUUGGGCCAAGCGAGCUCACGUCCCCCUGACCGAAUGCAUAUUUGAGCUGCCUCAUUUGGCAGUCCAAGCAACCAGAGCUCAAACCCUUCUGCUUCAAACCAUUUAUCAGAGCUGGUGUCAUCCUGCUGGAAGUUUCAGUUCUGUGGUGGUGAAUGAAGCUCUACUGCAUGAGGUCUUCCAAACUUCAGGUGUGAAAUCUAAGAAUCCCCUGCCAACUCUGGAGGGUUCAAUCCAGAACGUUGAAUUGAAGUACUGCGGCACAUCGUUGGUCAAAUGCGCCUCUGGGACCGUGGGAUCCAUAAAAAUUUGUGCCAAAGCCCCAGGUGAUGGUGGAAAAGAGAAGCUGAUUCCUUUAAUUCAAGGCCCAUCUGACACCAGAGACUUACACAGCAGUAAGUGGCUCAAUGAGAGUAGAAAGCCAGAAUCCCUCCUAGCUCCAGAUUUGGUGGCCUUUACAAUCCAGAUUCCACAGUACACAGACUACUGCCCUAACUCUGGUGCAGUGCUCUUGUCCAGUGUGCAAGGAUUAGCAAUCAAUGUUGAUCCAGUCCUCUAUACUUGGCUCACCUACCAACCUCAGAAACGAGGUAGCAGGCACAUUCAGCAGCAGCCUGCAGGAGGUGUUGCCCUCGGCGUGUCAGUAACUCGGAAAAAGGAAGAUGAAGCAUCGGUUGGCAGCGGCCCUUUGGCAAGGCAGCAAUCAAACCAAGCCUCUGAGUAUGCCAGCAGCCCUGUCAAAACAAAAACAGUAACAGAAUCUCGUCCCCUGUCACUUCCUGUGAAAACCAUGCUGAACUCAUCUGAAAGCUGCAAAAGUCCUGAAGAAAGAAUGAAGGAAUUUAUUGGAGUAGUGUGGAAUGCAGUCAAGCGCCUUACACUUCAGCUGGAAGUGCAGUCUUGCUGUGUGUUCCUCCCCAACGACAGCCUGCCGUCCCCAAGCACCAUCGUGUCGGGUGACAUUCCUGGCACUGUGAGGAGCUGGUACCAUGGGCAGGCCAGCAUGCCUGGGACACUUGUUGUCUGCUUGCCACAGAUAAAGAUUAUGAGUGCUGGACACAAACACAUGGAACCACUGCAGGAAAUCCCCUUUGUGGUGCUGAGAGCCAUCCUGGAAGAAGGUGAUGCUUUUCCAUGGACUAUCAGUCUGCAUCAUUUCAGUGUAUAUACUCUCCUUGGACAGCAGAUGACACUGAAUUUAGUGGAGCCAAUGGGCUGCACAUCUACUUUAGCUGUUACUUCACAGAAACUGCUUGCUUCGGGGCCAGAAUCCAGACACUCAUUCGUUGUCUGCCUCCACGUUGACCUUGAGUCCCUGGAAAUAAAGUGCUCCAACCCCCAGGUGCAGCUUCUGUAUGAAUUGGCUGAGAUCACAAGUAAAGUUUGGAAUAAAACCCAGAGGAAAGGAGUUCUCCAUCAAUCUUCUGUCUACACUGAGCCUGUGACAGGACCUGCUCCUCCUAGCUCCCCAGUUAAAAGCAGCAUUGGUACUGCUCCACCAGACACCAGCACGUACAGCCCAUCCGCUGACAUCGGCACCACUACGGAGGGUGAUUCUCUUCAGGGAGGUGAUGAUUCCCCAUUCUCAGACUCUAUUACGCUGGAACAAACAACCAGUAACAUUGGAGUCUCCAGUGGACGUGUCAGCCUAUGGAUGCAGUGGAUGUUGCCAAAGAUCACCAUCAAGUUCUUUGCUCCUGAUCCUAGAAAUAAUGGCACAGAAGUUUGUGUUGUCAGUGAACUCGAAGAUCUCAGUGCCUCAGUGGAUAUGCAGGAUGUCUAUACCAAAAUCAAAUGCAAAAUUGAAAGCUUCAAUAUUGACCAUUACAGAAACAGCCUUGGAGGAGACUGCUGGUCUCUGGGGCAGUGUGGAGGUGUCUUCCUUUCCUGCACUGACAAGCUGAACAGACGCACCUUGCUGGUUCGACCCGUCAGCAAGCAGGACCCUUUCAGUAACUUCUCAGGCUUCUUUCCCUCGACAACUGCAAAACUUCUGGAUGGCUCACACCAACAACAUGGGUUCCUUUCUCUCACUUACACCAAAGCGGUGACAAAGAACGUCCGGCACAAGCUGAUCUCAAGGAAUGAACGAAGGACAUUCCAUAAGCUGUCCGAAGGUCACACUGAUGGUUCUCCUCAUUUUCUUCAUGAGAUCCUUCUCUCUGCUCAGGCUUUUGAUGUUGUCCUCUGUUUUCCCCUGCUCAAUGCAAUAGCAAGCAUUUUUCAAGCCAGGCUGCCGAGGAGUCCAAAGGAGAAAAGAAAGUCACCAGGCCAGCCCAUGAGGACUCAUGCUCUAACUUCCCGCAACUUGCCUCUGAUUUAUGUCAACACUGGUGUCAUAAGAGUCUUCUUCCCCAAAAAUGAGGAAGGUCAUCACCCUGCAGAGGCUAAUCCAGCAAUUAAAGAAGACACUUUGGUUCUCAAGAUUGGAUCUGUCUCCAUGGCUCCUCAGGCUGACAACCCUCUCAGCAGAGCUGUGCUCAGAAAAGACAUUUAUCAGAAAGCGCUGAAUCUAGGCAUACUUCGAGACCCUGGAUCAGAGGUUGAAGACAGACAAUACCAAAUAGAUCUUCAGUCUAUAAACAUUGGUACUGCUCAUUGGAAUCAGCUGAAACCAGAGAAGGAAAAUGGAAAAGGAGGGGUUUUGACAGAGAGUGAGAGGAAUUCCCAAAAUCCAGCACUUGAAUGGAACAUGGCCAGUAGCAUAAGGCGCCCUCAGGAGAGGAGAGCCAUUUUAACUCCCAUUCUAACAGAUUUCACCAUUCGAAUCACUGCAGCUCCUGCCAUUAUUUUUACCAAAAUUGAUGCUGCAGAGAACUUACACCCUGAGGAAAUUUUGGUGUGUGGUCACUCUUUGGAGGUGAAUGUCACAACAAACCUGGAUUUCUUCCUUAAUGUGGCUCAAGUACAGCUGCUUCAGCAGCUAGUACAAGCCAAUAUGGUUGGACUGGAACCUUCUAGUAGCACUGCUGAGGUUUCCAAACAGGAGCAGAGAAAAAUGGAUGUAUCUGAUGGAGGAACAGUCGAGACUUCUUCCCGUUACAGUGGGGCACAGGACAGUGGGAUUGGCAGUGACAGUGUUAAGAUCAGGAUCGUUCAGAUCGAGCAGCACAGCGGCACCAGCCAGCACCGCAUCGCCCGCCCCUCCCGCCACUCCUCCAUCGUGAAGAACCUCAAUUUCAUCCCCUUUGACAUCUUUGUUACAGCCAGCCGGAUCUCCUUGAUGACUUACUCGUGCAUUGCCUUACAGAAACCAAAGUCUGCACAGGAGCAGAAAGAAGGUGAGAGAAUAAGCAAAAGCUCCUUAGACCUUCCCGAAGCAGGCUCGAGCAGCAGCCAUGAUACCAAGAAGGCCAGUCAUCCGUGCAUUUCCUCCGUCACAGCAGAUGAUCUUUUGAGCAGUAAUGUUCCCUUGUCUACUGGGAGAAAGCCAGGUCUUCUGUCCCUGGAAAGCCUGCAUGCUUCCACCAGAUCAUCCGCUCGACAAGCCCUGGGGAUAACCAUCGUUCGGCAGCCUGGUCGCAGAGGAACCGGGGACAUAGAGCUUCAGCCUUUCCUCUACCUCAUUGUAUCACAGCCCUCUGUGCUCCUCAGCUGCCACCACAGAAAGCAGAAGGUAGAAAUAUCAGUGUUUGAUGCCGGCCUGAAAGGAGUGGCCUCAGACUACAAGUGUACAGAUCCUGGGAAGACUUUACCAGAAGCUCUGGAUUAUUGCACAGUUUGGUUGCAGACAGUAGCCGGAGAAGUAGAUGCUAAAAGUGGCAUUCCACCUCCUCUUAUCACUGUGCAAAUUAAGGACUUCCUUAAUGGACCAGCUGACAUAAAUGUGGACAUGUCGAAACCUUUGAAAGCAAAUCUCAGCUUUGUCAAACUUGAUCAAAUAAACCACUUUUUGAAGAAAAUCAUAACCAGAAAUGAUGUUGAGCCCAGGAAGGAGGCUGUUCCAUCUGGUGGUGUUAUUCCAGAGGAGGAUAUCUCUUCGUUGCCCAAACACUCCAGUGCCAUGGAUUUGCUCCCUGUAGCACACACCAGUGCUGCACAAAAGGCUUCAGUUCAGGAAAGCUUGUGGCAAGCCCUUUCCUGCUUCCAGAAGAUUUCCAUUCACACUGUGCAGAUGGUUGUUUCGAUGGAAACCAUCCCACAUCCCAGUAAACCUUCUUUGUUAGUCUCUUUAUCAAACCUCAGUGGGAGCCUGAAUAUUAAAGGUGGACAUAAAACUGCAGGUAAGAGAAUCCAUGGAUCAUCUUUUGUCCUUGACAUAAAAGAUUUCCUGCUUAAAACAAGUCUCAAAGAAAGAGCCAGAUCCCUGAUGGGCCCUUUUUGCUGCUCUCUUAACGUGGAAGCCAAGUGGUGUAAGCACAGUGGUGACCCUGGCCCAGAGCAAUCUGUUCCAAAAAUAUACAUCGACUUGAGAGGAGGGCUGCUGCAGAUUUUCUGUGGUCAAGAGCAUUUGAACUGUUUAGUUCUUCUCCGAGAGCUUCUGUGGCAGUAUCUGACUGAAAAGGGCCAUGCAGAGACUGUGACAUCUGAACAUACACGACACCCUUGGUUCUCUAUGGAAAGGAACCAGGCCUCCAGAACUGAGCACACCUCUGAUGAUCUGAGAACAGGCCUGUUCCAGUAUAUACAAGAUGCAGAAGCACAAAAGCUGCCUGGUGCCUAUGAAGUUGUCUUUUACAAUGAAACUGAGGACAGUCCAGGAAUGAUGAUGUGGAGGUAUUCAGAACCCAGAGUGCUCACUCUUGUAAGGAUUAAUCCUGUUCCUUUUAAUACCACGGAAGACCCAGAUAUUAGCACCGUUGACCUUGGAGAUGUUCUUCAGAUUCCAUGCAGCCUGGAGUACUGGGACGAGCUUCAGAAAUCAUUUGUUGCAUUCCGGGAAUUCAGUCUGUCAGAAAGCAAAGUCUGUGAGCUGCAGCUGCCCAGUAUCAGCCUUGUGAAUGAUCAGAAGGAGCUCAUAGCCUCUGAUCUGUGGAGAAUUGUUCUGAACAGCAGUCAGAACAUGGCCGAUGACCAAAGCUCAGAAAGCGAAUCUGGCUCACAAAGCACCUGUGACCAGCUUGUGACCCCUACAGCAUUAGCAGCCUGUACCAGGGUUGACUCCUGCUUUACUCCUUGGUUUGUGCCAUCACUGAGUGUGUCGAUCCAAUGUACUUAUCUGGAAGUCCACCUCUGCCACCAUCUUGAUCAGCUGGGCACAGCACCAGCAGAAUUUCUCCAGCCCUUUGUAUCUGACCAGAACACACCAGCUGAGCUGGAGUACAUGGUGAUUGCCUUGGAGGAGCCUCACGUGUACCUGCGUCAGUGGAGUGAUGAGUCCAUGUGCCAGGAGGUCCAGUUUGCAACUCAAGCCAGCUGCAAGCUGCUGGAGUGCCGAAACGUCACCAUGCAGAGCGUUGUGAAACCCUUCAAGGUCUGGGGGCAGAUUGCUGUUUCCAGCAGCACAGCAGGGAGGCUGCUGGACUGCACCGUCAUGGUGGACCCCAUUUUCAUCAGCUUUGGCCAGUAUGCCCUGCAUUCUCUCAAUACAGCAAUGCAGGCUUGGCAGCAGAACCAAUGCCCCAAGGCAGAGGAGUUGGUCUUCAGCCAUUUUGUGAUCUGUAAUGACACACAAGAGACGCUGAGGUUUGGCCAGGUGGAUACUGAUGAAAAUAUUUUGCUGGCCAGUCUCCACAGUCACCAGUACAGCUGGCGCUCUCACAAGUCCCCGCAGCUGUUGCACAUCUGUAUUGAGGGCUGGGGAAACUGGCGGUGGUCAGAGCCUUUCAGUGUGGACAACACAGGGACCUUCCUUCGAACCAUCCAGUACAAGGGCCGGACAGCAUCACUUAUUAUCAAGGUUCAGCAGCUCAGUGGAGUGCAAAAGCAAAUCCUAAUCUGUGGAAGACAGACAGUCUGCAGUUACCUUUCUGAAAGUAUUGAACUGAAAGUGGUCCAGCAUUACAUUAGUCAAGAUGGACAGGCCAUUGUUAAAGAACACAUCAACUGCCUUGCAGCCAAGCAGAAGCUACCUUCUUAUGUGCUAGAAAACAAUGAGCUCACCGAGCUGAGUGUGAAAGCUACAGGAGAUGAAGACUGGUCCCAAGAUGUGUGUCUGAGUUCUAAACACACAGAACACAGCUCUGUCAUUCAGGUUCCAUCUUCCAGGAGCUCAAUUACAUAUGUGUGGUGCACAAUUUUGACUUUAGAGCCCAACUCCCGUGUGCAGCAACGAUUAAUUGUUUUCAGCCCUCUUUUCAUUGUAAGGAGCCAUCUUCCAGACCCAAUUAUCAUCCAUUUAGAAAAAAGAAGUCUGGGAUUGACUGAAACUCAAGUGAUUCCAGGGAAAGGACAGGAGAAAGCCCUCCAAAAUAUAGAGCCUGAUCUAACCCACCACCUGACAUUUCAAGCCAGGGAGGAAUAUGAUCCAUCAGAAUGUGCAGUCCCUAUCUCGACGGCCCUGAUCAAACAGAUAGCAACUAAAUCCCAUCAGGAUGGGAAUGUCAGCCAAAUACUCUCUGAGUUCUAUGGCACCACUACUCCUCCCCAGCCUGCAUGGCCAUACAACAGGAAGGAUUCAGACAGCAGUAAACAACUCUCCCAGUGGGAUAGCCCAAUGCAGGUAAAGCUGUCGGUGUGGAAACCCUGUGUUAAAACUCUGCUGAUAGACCUCCUGCCCUGGGCUUUGCUUAUCAAUCAGUCCAAGUGGGACCUCUGGCUGUUUGAAGGAGAGAAGAUCGUUCUUCAAGUACCCGCUGGAAAAGUAAUGAUACCUCCCAACUUCGAGGAAGCUUUUCAGAUUGGAAUAUACUGGGCAAACACCAACACUGUGCAUAAAUCAGUGGCAAUUAAACUGGUUCAUAACAUGACCUCCCCGAAGUGGAAGGAUGCUGAUAAUGGGGAAGUAGUGACCUUGGAUGAAGAAGGUUUCAUUGAAGCUGAAAUAAAACUUGGUGCUUUUCCAGGUCAUCAAAAGUUGUGUCAGUUCUGCAUUUCUUCAAUGGUUCGACAAGGUAUCCAAAUUCUACAGAUAGAAGAUAAGACAACCAUCAUCAAUGACACUUCAUAUCACAUCUACUACAGACCACAGCUUUGUAUUUCCAAACCCCACUCAGGAGAAGAGGACUUCCACUUACCAGACAGUGCAGUGUUCAGCAUCAGUCCUAGUGAGGCACUGAGCACUGUGCCCUGCUGGGACCUGCUGUCAGACCCCAGCCCCUUCCCCUCGGGGGUGCCUCACACUGAGAAGCACAUCCUGCUGAGCUUUGGUCCGGGCAGCUGCGCCAGCAGCCCUGAGCUCUGGAGCCUCCCAGCUGUCAUCAAACAGGAGUUUGCUAGGCAGAGUGUGGCUGUGCCCACAGGGCUGUGUGCUGAAAGUGGAUUCUGUACCAGAGCUAUAGCACUGACUUACCAGGAGUAUCUUGGUGUGACUUACCUCACACUCACAGAAGAUCCCAGCCCUCGUAUCAUUAUCCACAACAGGUGCUCUGUUCCCUUGCUCUUAAAGGAGAACCUCAAAGAUACACCGAAGUUUGAGGUUUAUUGUAGAAAGAUUCCAGCUGAAUGUUCAAUUCAUCAUGAGCUUUACCACCAAGUCUGCAGCUACCCAGACUGCAAAACAAGAGAUUUGUUGCCCAGCAUUCUUCUGAAAGUGAUGUCAUCCAGUGAGGCAGAAAAUGAGUGGAGUGACUUUGUGGACAUCAACAACCAAGGAACACAAAUUGUGUUCUUAACUGGCUUUGGCUAUGUUUACGUGGACAUCACCCAUCAGUGUGGAACCACAGUCAUAACCUUGGCCCCAGAAGGAAGAGUGGGACCUAUCGAGAUCAACCUCAACAGAAGUCAAGAGCAGACCCUGUCACUGAAAAUGUUCAUCAGCCAGUUAAGCCUUGCUGCCUUUGAUGACAUUACCAACCACAAAGUCUCAUGUGAGCUCCUGCGCCUCACAGCAGACAACAUUUUCCUGCACAUGGCCCCAGCCACCAGCCACCCGAGACCCCUGUCGCAGGAGUUCCAGAGGGAGGCCCUGGAAGGCCUCCCACAGUUUCAUAGUCUCCAAGUGUAUUGUGAAGACCUGCAACUGGACAAUCAGCUGUACAGUAAAUCCAACUUCCAUUUUGCAGUCCUGCUCUGCCAAGGAGAGAAAAAUGAGAGCGUGCAGUGGUCCAGAGUGAACAACAUCAUUAUUUGUAACAAAGAUCUGGAGAGAUACAAGGAAAACUGCUUUAUAAAACUCUACAUUGCUUUUUCUGAGGAAAAGAACUUUGUGUUUCAUAUGAAUGACCUCAGCUUUGAGCUCAAACCAGCUAGACUGUAUGUGGAGGACACCUUUGUUUACUACAUUAAGACUUUGUUUGAUACGUAUCUUCCAGAGAACAAAACCUCUUGUAAAGCCCUGAAAGCAUCAGACACUACCCUGAUACUGCCUGAACAAGUGAGAGAGCAUGCAAGAGCUUUAGUUAAGCCAGUGAAACUACGAAAACUAACAAUACAACCUGUUCAUCUCCUUGUCAGUAUUCAUGCCUCCCUGAAACUCUACAUAGCCUCAGACCACACUCCUCUCUCCUUCUCUGUCUUUGAGCGAGGACCCAUCUUCACCACUGCCAGGCAGCUCGUCCAUGCCCUGGCCAUGCAUUACGCUGCUGGAGCACUCUUCAGAGCAGGCUGGGUCGUGGGAUCACUGGAAAUCCUUGGGAGCCCGGCAAGUUUGGUGAGAAGCAUAGGAAAUGGCAUUGCAGAUUUCUUUAGGCUGCCCUAUGAAGGGCUGACCAGGGGCCCAGGAGCAUUCAUCAGUGGAGUUUCCAGAGGAACAACAUCAUUUGUAAAGCAUAUUUCCAAAGGUACACUGACGUCGAUUACCAACCUGGCAACAAGUCUUGCCCGGAACAUGGAUAGGCUGUCCCUGGAUGAGGAGCACUACAACAGGCAAGAGGAGUGGAGACGGCAGCUGCCAGAGAGCCUGGGAGAAGGACUGAGGCAGGGCCUGUCUCGGUUAGGCAUUAGCCUUCUAGGAGCAAUUGCUGGGAUUGUGGACCAGCCGAUGCAGAACUUCCAACGCGUAUCCGAGGCCCAAGCUUCAGCUGGGCACAAGGCCAGAGGAGUCAUCUCUGGGGUGGGCAAAGGACUCAUGGGGGUCUUCACAAAGCCCAUUGGAGGGGCAGCUGAGCUCGUCUCCCAGACAGGUUAUGGUAUUCUGCACGGAGCUGGACUGUCUCAGCUUCCCCAGCAGCGCUCUCAGCCCAGCGAUCAGCUCGUGGAGCAGGCUCCAAACAGCCAUGUCAAAUAUGUCUGGAAAAUGCUGCAGUCUCUGGGAAGGCCAGAGGUCCACAUGGCCUUAGAUGUCAUGAUUGUGAGCGGGUCAGGCCAGCAGCAUGAAGGCUGCUUGCUGCUCACCUCAGAGGUGCUCUUUGUGGUCAGCAUCAGUGAAGACACACAGCAGCAGGCAUUCCCUGUGACUGAGAUCGAGUGUCUGGAAGAUGAGCAGCAAGAAGACCUGCUGAAGGUGCAGCUAAAGCAGCAGAGAGUGCCUUCUGAUGUGGAGGCAGAUGGAGCUCGAGAGAGGCUGUCAGAGCAACAGUACAACCGUUUGGUGGAGUACAUCACAAAGACAUCUUCUCACCUGGCUGCCGGCACCGCCACCCUGCCGGCACCGCAGCCUGCAGAGCACCUGCCAGCUGUCACCAAAACAUACCAGUAUGUGGUUGAGCCAAACUUCUCCCACAUAUUCAUCAGUAAAUUCACCAUGGUCAAAAACAAAGCCUUGAGGAAAGGAUUUCACUGAUGUUUGUGGUGAGUACAGCAGCACCUUGUGUCUCUGCAGUACCUACAGUACAUUGGCAUUUUGGAGGAGGCAGAUGAAACAAAGUAAAGCCCAACAGCUUUUCUGAUCCUGACAGCAUUCCUGCUCCCUAGCCAAAAUACUAGUGCUGCAGGAAGAGUGUUCCAGCAAAUGAAUCAUGUCAAAGGGAACAGCCUUGGACUAGAGCUCUGUCAAAAUCCCUUUGAAUAACCCCAGAUCUGAGCCUAAGGAAGGGCUGCGUGCACACCCUCCUGCCACACACAGCCGAUGUGUACCAGUCCCUGCUGUGCCAGAUCUAGAGCCUGCCAGGCUCUGUUAGAAACCAGGUUUGUAACUCAGCUGUAAAGACUUGCUGAAGGCUGAGCCUUCCCUCCCCAGUACUCCUCUCACCAAC